UAACUGAAACGGUAGUGAAAGCCACGCGCUGGUCGGAUUCUCUGUCAGUCUGUCCAUGACGGUACUGGACACAUGGAGGUGGACGUCCCGCUACUUUUUGGCGGCCUCGGUGCCGCUGCCGUGCUCGUAGCAGUUCUUCUGUGUGCACUGGUUCGAAGGAGACGUCCUACACAUGUGCCUGUGAAUUGCUGGUUCUGUAACCAGAACACGGUGGUGCCGUAUGGUAAUCGGAACUGCUGGGACUGCCCCAACUGUGAACAAUAUAAUGGCUUCCAGGAGAAUGGAGACUACAACAAGCCCAUUCCUGCCCAACACAGCGAACAUCUGAAUCACGUGCUGUAUGGAGGAAACAGCGAGUCUGAUGCCAAACCCCAGCAAUGGGUCAACUCCCAAAUGCUGCUGUGCAAGAAAUGCAACAACAAUCAAAGUACCAAGAUAAAGCUGCUGGCGUCCUUCUCGCCCCGGGAAGAGGAUCAGUACGAUGAAGAGAUUGAGGUCUUCAAGCACCACCUAGAGCAGAUGUACAAGCUGUGUCGUCCGUGCCAGGCCGCCGUAGACUAUUAUGUGAAACACCAGAAUCGUCAGCUGAGGGCGUUGAUGCUGAACCACCAACUAAAACGCAGGGAGAUGGAUAAAACCUUUGUGCAGAGCUGCUUUACAUCCAGCAGAGCCCCCAUGCAUGUCAUCGCCUUCCGUUUCCUUGCCUUCCUAAGCUGUGCAUUCCUGUUGUCCUGGGCAUUAUUAGACUUCAAAGAUGUGUCUCUCGGAGAGCAGACUCCGACGGCCCGCUCUUCACCUGAUCGUGCCAAGAACAGCUCCUUCUGGGAAGAAAUCCUGUUCAUGGUACCUGAGCCAACACUGGAGACCCUGAAUAUUGCCUGGCGCUUUGGCCUUGCCCACCAGACAGAAGUAGUGUUUAUAGGGUUCCUGAUGUGCAUCUUUGCCAUACUCUUGGGCGGACGUGUGAGGCUGCGGAGGGUUGACGUGUUUGCUUCCUUUCUUUGGAUGCUAGUUGCUGGUCUCUACCUCUCCGAGGAAUAUCUGCUGGCAGAGUCACCAAGCUGGCUGGACACUGCCAAACUUGGUACCACCUCUCUGUGCUGUCUCGUUGGCUUCACGGCAGCCGUCGCCACACACAAAGCCACAGGUCAACGGAGACACCGGCCAAGAAGCAGGUAUACAUCUGGAGACCCGACCUUCCUCUUCCGGAGCCUGACCAGCGGCUGUGCUGCCCCCGAAGUGCCAACUCCCCAGCUGUCUACUCCCCCGGGACUUGUACAUCUGCUAACCCAAGAGACGUGCCACCGGUCGGACGCGUUCCCCUCAUCGCUGCCAAGACGCCUCUACAAGGCUCUGUCUCUGGGGACCCUACCCUCGCUUACACGGACAGACUCUGGGUACCUGUUCAGUGGCAGCCGACCCCCUUCCGUCACCUCUGCGUACAAGUAUUCUCCCGGAUCAGAUUAUUAUUCGCUGCUAUCUGGAAGCUCUCCUCUGCCCUCGCCAACACCUUCAGUCGCCGGCUCCGCCACGUCCAGCAACGGGUCCCUGUAUCACAGACGUCCGUUGAUCAGUCCCCCCCGCUUCAACCUGCAGGCGCAGAGGCUUGGGAUUUCAAACGCAGAGCCCAACGGGCAUCUCGCCAGAAGAAGGAGUUUCGAGGAGACGUCUCACCCGGACAGCACAGCGUCGCCUGCGGACGUCGCGUACUACGUGGCCAAGAAUCAGGCCAACACAAAGGUCUUGUUCGAUUCGGCAAGCGUCUCCAGCAAUCCGAUACACAAGAUGGAGAACUGCACUAAUCAUUCCUCGGAGUGUCAAGUGGACACGACCACGGGCUUCUUGGAUUCCCGAUCUACCUCGGGAGGUCGUAACGGGCUCAAGCUGACCCACGGCUUUCUGGUUGUAAGCCUCACGGUGAACGUCGCCUUCUCCUGUUGCUGCCUGUACCUCCUAUAUCACUGACCGUAUGGACUCUGCACGGAGAGCGAUAUGUCGUUUAUUUAAUGGUGCUCCUGAAAGCACGGCGGCCGCCUGACCAUCCAGCUGGUAUCCCGCGCUGCUCCGUCUCGGUGCUGCUGCAAUCUAACCCCGAGGAGCCUGGCCUGGUUUAACCCAUUGCUGUUUUACGGGGUCUUCUUGGGGAGGUGCUACGUGUUACGAUCCCCCGUGCUUCGUACUGACGUUCGGACCCCUCCAGGCCUGCUGCUUCA